GACGGAAUAUAGGAGUACUUUAUCUGUAGCAGGUUUUGUUUGUCUUGUCUGCGCCGGUCACUGGAAUUUUCUGCGAUCCGCAAACAAGAGUUUCUUGCGUCAAUUUAGAUAGGUACAUUAGAAUACCAAUAACCAAUUUGUUUAUUUCGCAUCUUAAGCGUGCAUUACAUCGCAGAAUACUUUUCGUGGUUUCGCCGGUAACUCACAGGAUUCAAGAUGAGUUGUCCUUUCAACGAGGAACAGCUGGGACAGCUGAAGAUGUUCAUAGAAAUUUGUAAAAGCCAGCCUCAGAUCUUGAACCACCCUAAAAUAGCAUUCUUUAAGGAUUACAUUACUUCGCUUGGUGGCACAAUACCCGCGGCGAAUUUUGGUGCUAAAACGUUUACAGCAUCUGGAGAUAGUGCUCCUCCAUCAAAUAAUAAUGCUGAAAAGAUACCUUCUUCCGAUGAGGAGUCGGAACCUGAGUCAGAUGUUGAGCUGGAUAUGGAAGGUGUCAUAGAACCUGAUGUCUUAGACGAUUCUCAAGUCAUGGGCGACCAGUCAAAGGAGACCACAGACGAGGAAAGGGAUCAAUCGGACGAGAAGAGGUCCGCAGCCAUGAAGGCGUUCUCGGAGCAGAACUUUGAGGAAGCCAUCAAGUUGUACACUGAGGCUAUACAGCUGAACCCACAGAGUGCCUUGCUCUUCGCUAAGAGAGGACAGGUGUAUCUAAAACUGAACAAACCGAACGCGUGUAUCAAAGACUGCACACAAGCUCUGGAACUUAACUGCGACAGUGCUGCCGCGUACAAAUUCCGCGGGAGAGCGUAUAGGUUGCUGGGCAAUUUCGAAGAGGCAUCUCACGACCUGUGCGAGUCGCUGAAGAUCGACUACGACGACCAAACUAACGAGUGGCUGCAAGAAGUCAAGCCUAACGCCGAGAAACUGCGUCAGCACAAGCUCACCAUGCAGCGCAGGAAGGAGGAGAAGGAGCACCAAGACAAGCUACGCCGCGCUCGCAAGGCGCAAGAAGCGCGCGCGCGCGCCGCGCAGGCGCAGGCCGACGCGCCGGGCUUCCCGGGCGGCUUCCCCGGCGCGGGCGGCUUCCCCGGCGCGGGCGGCUUCCCCGGCGCGGGCGGCUUCCCGGGCGCGGGCGGCUUCCCCGGCGCGGGCGGCUUCCCGGGCGGCAUGCCCCGCGGCGGCGGCGGCGGCAUGCCCGACAUCGCCAGUCUCAUCAGCGAUCCCGAGAUUAUGGCGCUCAUUCAGGACCCAGACGUAGCAAUGGCCUUCCAAGACGUAUCGUCCAACCCGGCCAACUUCGUGAAGUACCAGAACAACCCUAAGGUGGCCGCCGCCAUUGAGAAGCUGCAGAGCAAGUUGGGCGCGGGCGCGGGCGGGCCGGGCGCGGGCGCGGGCGCGGGCGGGCCGGGCGCGGGGCCGAAGCCGCCGACGGACGACGACGUCGGCCUCGACUAGGCCCCGCCCCGAGUAUGCUCAUAUGGGCAAACAUAACUAAAACAGUCUGUAUAAAUAUAUUCUUUAAAGGAAACCCCUAUAAUAACACAUAUAAUUUAUGUAUGAUAUAAAUAUCAAAUUCCCAAUACACCGAUACGUCCUUCGUCUAAUAAUACAAUAUUUUUAAAGCUUCUAAAAAUAAACUUACUAACACUAAUGUAAACUAACGCUAUUUUUAUUUUUCGAUGCAAAGUUUGGUCAAAAUAUUGCAUUAAUUUUACAUUAUCGUUUUUUGUUUUUAAUUAGGGUGUAUUGAACAAAUAAAACACAACACUGUGAAUUAUGGGUUAUAAAUGGUACCUAUAGAAUAAUAUAUUGAAUAUUAAACUCUUACGUUUUCACACAUCAUUCUUACUACUGAAGCGGGACUUGAACUCUUAGAAAUAAAUGUAGUUUAAAAGGGGUUUUAAUAGAUUUGAUGAGAUUUUAAUUUUUGAUCUCAUGUUCUACAAUAUCCCAAUUAAAAAUCUUUACGGGUAGAACAGUAUCCAACGUCAAAUUCUAGUAAAAAAAACUGAAUGAUGUAAUGAACCUUAUGUAAUGAAUCAUAAUGAAAUCAUGUAAUGAAUCUUACGUCUUUGCAAUAAGGUUUACUAAAUCAGUCAACCCUUAACCGUGAAAAACGUCAGCUGACGCGCGCGGGCGCGACUCCAGCGCAAUAUUCUUCGUGCAUUCCGACAAGGUUCACGAUAACAUGGCGUUCAGGCUAACGUGGACCAUAGUACGGGUUCAUUUACUUUUCACCACACCAACUGGUAAAGGCCAUAUCGAUUGUUCAAAAACUUAUGAGAAAGUUGCAUUUUAUCCACAUGUGGAGCAAAGUAAUCAGAUGCAAAUUUUGAGUUGUUUCCUUAUGUUAGCUGGUAGAAUUGACUUUUAAAUGAUAAUUUUUUUGUAACGUUCAUUUGGAUUUUGAUUUGGUUUGAUUUUUUUGGUAUUUCAUAGUUAGUGUUUUAGGCGGAGGCAAAGUUUGUUUAACCCUCGUGCCUUGAAACCCUCGCAACGCUCAAGGUUCCACUUCUCGAACCACUCCCUAUGCUCGUCGUUGGAAUCUUUCGCUUGCUCGGGUAUCAAUAUUAGCAUGAGCUAUUAAGAAACAACUUUGCCCUCUUGUAAAACAAAUAACUAUAGUUUACUUUCUCAUCUCCCGUUUUAUUAUUUAAUUUAAUAAAUACGAGACAACUUAUAUUUUAAGGGAGUGGUAACACAGGUUAGUGGUGCUUGAAUAAUUCCACGUAAAAUAUAUGUAUUCGUAUGCAUUUACUAAUAUGUAAAAAUAUUUUAUGGACGAUCAGUCAAAAGCUGCGUGUUAAUUUAGUCUACCCACUUAGUUUUCACCAGCUUUAAAUUUUUUGAGUUAGUUUAUAAUAUAUAAUAAGCAACAUUUUAAUCUAGUUCACUUUAGAGAAAGUCUGUUGAAAUUCCAAAGUAAGUUUUCUAAUCAUUACGAUUACUUGAUUAGUUUUAAAGGCAAUUUUGUUUUAUUGCGCUAGUUAUUUUUAUAUUAAAUACUUGAAUGAAA